AUGCCAUCUUUCGGCAGGCUCCAAGCUGCGCUAGCUUCUGCGACAAAUGAGUUGACGAUUGCAGCAGCCAACAUCAAUUUCGAUUUCACGUUGGUCAAGUGCGAAGCGCCCAAAGAGUUCGAGCCCCUUGGGAGUGCUCUAUCCCAAACACGGAAAGAAAAUGCGGAGGGUGGGACAGCGCAUAUAACGGCUCGAAGACUUGGUGUUUUGUUCGAGGGUAUACUCCCACUCACACCUGCCCUUGUCAGAUCAUACGGUACCCGGGUCUCUGAGAUCGCUCAAGCCGCUCGAAAGGAAGGCUCACCGAAAAUAGAAGAGAGCCUUUUUGCGGCUCAUAUUGGUGCAGAUGGCACCUCUAUCUGCGCUGCGGCGACAUCUUCCCCAACUGCUUUGCAUGUCCAGCUUCUGGGAUUUGUACUGCCUCUCCAGUUCUCGGAUCCACUUGUCAAGUCUGGUGGUUUCCUGACUUUGGGACUCGUCCGUCCACACGACGAUGACACUCAUGGCGUUUCCUGGUCCUCGUCGCUGGCCCAUUGGAACUUAUAUGGACGCCCGGUCCCCAGGAAGGCCAGGUUUGACUCCAAUGCUCGCAAGAUUUCAUUUGACCAAUUCACGCAUGUGGUAUACGGUGCUCUCUUAGCCCACUGGAAUCUCGCAGGUACAUUGGCAGAGCACCCUUCACGUGUUUUUAUUGCAAUGAGAAAGACGAUAGAGAGACAGGUCUCCCAUCUGGCCUUUACUAAUGCCGAGUUACGUUGCCAAGAAGAGUUACGAGAUCCUUCCUCCACUCUAUAUAUCCUUUCGAAGUCAGCAGCCUCUCACCUAGACGCGCAAUCUUUCCCAGGUGAUAGUAUCCACAAGCUAUUAUCUCUUGGUGGUAGACAUGCGUCCAAGUUCAUACCAGACACAGGUUUCAGACCAUUCCUUGGACUUGGUUAUGUCGGAGAGCUUGUAAGUAAGCUCAAAGGCCCAAUCGAGAAAGUGGCUUUGCUUCGUCGGAUCGCUGCCACCAGUCGUUAUGAUCCUGAUGCAUACAUUAUUAGGUACUACGGUGAGGAUCACUCACUGGUGCCCUCAGAUAAAUUUCUACAGACACGAUAUUGCGGGUUCGCCAGCGCACAACCCCGCCGCAACGCAGAUGGCCUCACAUCAACGCAUGGCCAAUGGGUCCCUAGAUCAUUUAUCGAUCAAUACCAAUACCCAGGAGAGGUGGUCACUGAAAUGUCGCCCUCAGACUCAUUGGACCUGGCUUCGCCCUUCUCGCGGGUCAAGUUCAGAAUGCAACCCCGAACCAUCUUUAGCACCUGGCACAUCGCCCGCCAACCCCUAGCAAGUACCCAGAACACUCGCUAG